ACCCCGCCCACCAGGAGCGCGCGCCGGAACCGGGCCUAGCCGGUUGCCUAGGUUACCACCGCCCGCCUCGAGUGCGGCGAGGCGCCUGCGCGGAGAGGAGUCCGACUAGGCCUCGGUCCUCGCUGCUUCUCGCCAUGGGCGAGCGAGACCCGGAGUUCGUGCUCCGCUACCUGGCUCAGGUAGAGGCGCUCGCCGAGGAGGUGAUGGCCUGCAGGCAGCAGAUUGUGGAUCUGGAUCAGAAACGCAAUCAGAACCGGGAGGCACUGAGAGCUUUAAGCAAGGAGCCCAGCGCUUCAGAUAAAGUCAUGGUUUGCUUUGGGAACAUGUUUGUUCAGCUUCCGAAAACUAAGACCAAGGACAUGCUGCAUAAAGAUCAAGAACUCUUAGAUGAAGAAAUAGCCAAAUUGCGGAAAGAGCUAAAAGUGAAGGUCAACCAUCUCUUGGAAGCUCAAGGUAAGCCAGAGUUGAAGGGCUACAGCCUGAAACCCCUGAGCACUGAAGAAAUGUGCUUCAUUAAAAAGGUGCUGGAAGGCUGAAGCGGUGUCAUCGCAUGGACUUAGCAGCUCUCUCCCACAAACCCAAACCCAAAGGGAAUCGCUCACAGUGCCAAAGAUUGCUUCUCCUGCAAACGCACACUUCUGAAGCUGGUGUUUCUUGAGCUGUUGGAGCAUCUGCUUUCUGAGACACUCCAGCCGCCGGUGAGGUUUCCUGCAAGUCUGAAUGGAGGAACAUGCUUAAGCAGAUCAUUCCCUGCAGUUUGAGCAUUGAAACCUGAAGAGCCGGACAGCUGGAACAGACCACCGUUUUGUCAUUUCAAGCUGAUGCAGUGUUAAAUAACAGUUGGGCUGUUCGUUUUUAAGUGCUGGAAAGGAAGUGGUAGGACUCGAACAGCCAUGCCACUCUCUUCCCGGAUGCGAAUGCUUAGUUAAAAAGCGUGGCGUUGUGGUAAUAAAUUGAAUUGUACACUUAUA